GAAAGGAGAGUUUAAGAGAGGAGGAGGGGGGAAAAGAUGGCACCCGUCACGUGACCCUGGCUCUGAGAGGCUUCGCCGGCCGCCAUUUUCCUGCAGUGACCCAGGGUGUGAAUGUGUGUGUGUUUGUGAGGGAGAGGCAGAGGGUGGAAAGAAGGACGGACGGAAGGAAGGAAGAGAGGGGGACGCUCUGGUGGUGUCGGCGGCGGCGGCGGCUCCCGAGUGGCGGAUGCGAGCCAGGAGGCCCCGGCAGUUACUGGGCGGGGAAGGAGGCUGAAGGAGGCCGCCCCUUUCCCGGGUGACAGGCCCGGCCCUUCCGGGAAGGCGGAGCGCAGAGCGCUGGGCGUCUCUCAGCCUCGGUGGCGGCGUUGUCGGGUCCAGCGCCGGGACCGCCCUCCCUCUCUUUCUCUCCUUCCUUCCCUCCUUCCUUCCCUUCUCCCUUCUCCCCUCCUCCUCUCCUUCCUCCUCCUCUCCCGGCCCCAGCGCCCGGGAACCACCACCACCAGCGGCCGCCGCCGUCGUCGUCUCCGUCGUGAGGGCUCGGCGUGUCUGGGCACCAUGUCUGGCCAGAGCCUGACCGACCGCAUCACGGCGGCGCAGCACAGCGUGACCGGCUCGGCCGUGUCCAAGACGGUCUGCAAGGCCACCACGCACGAGGUGAUGGGCCCCAAGAAGAAGCAUCUCGACUAUUUAAUACAGUGCACAAAUGAGAUGAACGUAAAUAUCCCACAGUUGGCGGAUAGCUUGUUUGAAAGGACAACGAACAGUAGCUGGGUAGUGGUAUUCAAGUCACUCAUCACAACUCAUCAUCUAAUGGUGUACGGAAAUGAGCGUUUUAUCCAGUAUCUGGCUUCCAGAAACACGUUGUUUAAUUUGAGCAAUUUCUUGGACAAAAGUGGGUUGCAAGGGUAUGAUAUGUCCACCUUUAUCAGGAGGUAUAGCAGAUAUUUGAAUGAAAAAGCAGUCUCUUACAGACAAGUAGCUUUUGACUUCACUAAAGUAAAAAGAGGGGCUGAUGGAGUCAUGAGGACAAUGAAUACAGAGAAACUUUUAAAAACUGUACCCAUCAUACAAAAUCAAAUGGAUGCACUUCUUGAUUUCAAUGUCAAUAGCAAUGAACUUACAAAUGGCGUAAUUAAUGCUGCCUUCAUGCUUCUCUUCAAAGAUGCCAUUAGACUCUUUGCAGCAUAUAAUGAAGGAAUUAUUAACCUAUUGGAAAAAUACUUCGAUAUGAAAAAGAAUCAAUGUAAAGAAGGCCUUGACAUAUACAAGAAGUUUCUCACCAGAAUGACAAGGAUUUCUGAGUUUCUCAAAGUUGCGGAGCAAGUGGGGAUAGACAGAGGAGACAUACCAGAUCUUUCUCAGGCACCAAGCAGCCUUCUUGAUGCAUUGGAGCAGCACUUGGCCUCCCUGGAAGGAAAGAAAAUCAAAGACUCCACUGCUGCAAGCAGGGCUACUACUCUUUCCAACGCAGUCUCCUCCCUGGCAAGCACUGGCCUGUCACUCACCAAAGUAGAUGAAAGAGAAAAGCAAGCAGCACUAGAGGAAGAGCAAGCCCGUUUAAAAGCUUUAAAGGAACAGCGUCUAAAAGAACUUGCAAAAAAACCUCAGUCCUCUUUAACAACCGCCUCCUCCCCUGUGUCUAAUGCAGCAGGAAGUAUAAUGACUACACCAGCCAUUGACAUUUUCUCCACACCUAGUUCUUCAAACAGUACAUCAAAGCUGCCAAAUGAUCUUCUUGAUUUGCAGCCACCCUUUAAUUCAUCUUUGCAUCCUAUGUCCUCUGCACCACAAGUAGGAAGCACCUGGGGAGAUCCUUUCAAUUCUACUGCUGAUGCUGUUGACGAUGCCAUUCCAAGCCUAAAUCCUUUCCUCACAAAAUCUAGCGAUCAUCUCUCUGUCUCCUCUGAUGUCCUCCCCACUUUCACUUCUAGGACACCAACUCAUGAGAUGUUUGUUGAUUCUUUUUGUGGUCCACAAGCUUAUCCUAAUGCUUCCCAUUUCUGCAGUGAGCCCUCAUCUGUAGCUGGUCUAUUUGGAGGGUUUACACCAUCUCCUGUUGCUCCAUCCCAGCCCCCAGCCGGCCUUAAUGUGGACUUUGAGUCUGUGUUUGGAAACAAAACUUCAAAUGUGCCAGUGGAUUCUGGGGGUUUUGAUGAAUUAGGUGGACUCCUAAAACCAACAGUGGCUUCUCAAAACCAGAGUCUUCCAGCCUCCAAAGCACCACCUAACAAGUUGGUCUUGGAUGAUCUGGAUUCAUCUUUAGCCAAUCUUGUGGGCAAUUUGGGCAUUGGAAAUGGAACAACUAAAAAUGAUGUGAAUUGGACACAGCCAGGAGAAAAGAAACUAACCGGAGGCUCCAACUGGCAACCCAAAGUUGCCCCUACGACAGCGUGGAAUGCUCCGACCAUGAAUGGCAUGCAUUUUCCACAAUACGCACCACCUGUCAUGGCCUAUCCAGCUACAACGCCAACAGGAAUGAUGGGGUAUGGAAUGCCAUCCCAAAUGGGAGGAGUACCGGUAAUGACACAACCAACCUUAAUAUACAGCCAACCUGUCAUGAGACCACCAAAUCCUUUUGGUCCUGUAUCGGGAGCCCAACUGUCUCCAGCAUCCAGCCCAUCCACUCAGAGUCCUCACAGAGCAGCUUCAGGAAAGGAUCCUUUUGGAGAGCUCUCCCUCCAGGAUUUCUUGUAGGACUAUUUAGAUACAGUUCAUGUAACCGUGCCAGAUGGCUUGCGGCGAGAAGAAUUUCAGAAAGACACGUGCUCAACAACCCUUCAUUCCAGCCAAAUCAGAAACAACACAUCUCGAACUCUUCCUUAUCAGAAUGAUCCACUAAAGUCGCACAAAGCCCACAACUGCAGUACGAGCACCAACCAAGAGAAGGCUCGGCGCCCUCCUGCACUCAGUAUAAAGCCAAGAAUUGCCGCAGUUCUGGUGUGGGGUCUUUUAUUUCUCCCCUUCCCCACGUCCAGUGACUUAACAUGUCAGUAACUCUCACCGUAACCUCGAUUGUGAAAACACACAAAAAGAAGCCUCCUUUUUUUCUUCUUCUUCCUAUGAAGGGUGAAACGUGUACCUGGAACUGCAGUUUGGAAUGAAGAGCAGGGUGUCCUUUUACCAUUAACUCCAGUGACUCUUUAUCUAGGGGGAUCAAAUCCUAACUAUCCUAACUAUUCUCCAGUUCCCUCUCUUCAGUCAUCACAAAUGUUAGACUCAAUAAUGGAAAAGUUUAACUUUUUAAAAGAAAGAAUUAUAUAUUCCGUUUGCAUAGACAUUCCUUUAUGUAUUAUUGUUCAUAUUUAUUUAUGAUUAUCAGUUUAAGUAACAGUGUAUCAGAAAGCCUCCUUUGGGAGGGAGGGAGUGUGAGUAUAUACGGUAUCUCUCCCUUUGGGGGUUCUUUCCCCCCCCUUCUUCCCAUUUUCAUUCACAAGAAUGAUGCUGAUUCAAGCUGCAUCUUCACCCAUUACGUACCCAUCCACAUGGAGCACCAAGUAUGUUCAAAGGUCUGAAAGCACCCGUUGUCAACAUUCCACAGGAAGUAGAGGUGUCAAUAUAUUAAACCAUCUGUUCCAUUAAAAAUUGUGGCAAGGGGGGGGGAAGGAGACAGCUGACUGAUUGGGAGGAGCCCAGUAUUUCUGGACCAGGUGUUAGUGCUUCUGGAAAGAACUUACCUUGCUUUAUGCUUGGCAUGUCAUUUAUCUUACACUUGACAUACGGCCUUUCCAAAAUGAAUGUGAGGAAUUGCUUUCACUUUUGAGACUUUCCUUCUUGUCUGUGUAAAUUCCCCCCCCCCCAAUACAUGUAUAAUGUCUGAGAUACUAAGUGAAAAACGCCUUGUCCUUUCCUCUCCUACUCUUAAUUUUGGCUAGUGCCAUCUCCAUGAAUCAUGUACCAUGAAACAAAAUAAAAUUUUAGAAGGGAAGUAGCAUCUUUAUUAACAGCGUAAUCCACCAUGAGGUUCUCAGGCACAGUCUUCAGUUCAAGGGGGCUUAUGCAGGAGAGCUUCCCAGUGUGUAGGUCUCUCAGUUUGUAGGAAUCCUUUUAGUUUUCUGCAGAAUUUGAAGCAGCACUGUUGAUCGGUGCUUUGUGUAAAUACAUCAUAACCAAUUUGGGUGGCAUCUGGGGCCUUAAGAAGGAUAGUCAAAGGCAUGAAAGCAAUUCUGUAAAUGAAUUACGCAUACUUGCUGCAUUGUCUCCGCAGAUUCUAUUUUUGUUUAAAAUCUUAAAAUGUACGUUAGCAAAAAAAAAAA